AUGUCUUACAAUAUGCUAGCCUUCUGCUUGCUUUGGCUCCUGGCUUUCUCUUCGGCUUGCUACAUCCAGAACUGCCCCAUUGGAGGGAAGCGCUCCCUCCUGGACCUAGAAGUCAGAAAGUGCAUCUCCUGUGGGCCAAGAAACAGAGGGCAUUGCUUUGGUCCCAACAUCUGUUGCGGGGAAGAACUAGGCUGUUACUUUGGCACAGCGGAAACCAUGAGAUGCCAGGAAGAAAACUUCCUCCCAACGCCUUGCGAGUCUGGAAGGAAGCCGUGCGGCAACAGCGGAGGGACCUGCGCUGCAUCGGGCAUCUGCUGCAACAAUGAGGGCUGCAUGGUAGACUCUGCCUGUGAACAAGAAUGA